GUCCAAAGCGCGUCCAACCGUGUACUGUUACAUACCGCAGCCAUUGCAUUUCGACGAGCUUAACCACAUUCCAGCUGCGCGGAUCAGUCGUUCGAGAUGCACGGUGUCAAACGAGUCCGCUACUCACGGGAGGCUCUCGAGGCCAAGAAGCAGAAGGAACAAGCCAAGCUGAAGGAAUACCUCAGUCUGAAUGACGACGUACUAGCGAAGAGGAACGCCGGAGACUGGAGCAAGGACGCCUUCGACCUAACGACCCGUGUGCUUCAUGCGAAUGCUGAAUUCUACACCGUGUGGAAUUAUAGAAGAGACAUCCUGAUUAACAGUAUAUUUCCGAAUAGUUCGCCUUCGGAGGUGCACGAUCGCAUCGGAGAUGAGCUCUCCGUCACCACCUCGUUAUUGAAGCAGCAUCCGAAAGUAUAUGGGAUCUGGAAUCACCGUCGCUGGUGCCUGGCCAACAUUCCUGACGGACCGUCAGACACCGACCUCGACGGUUGGCGUAAGACAAUCUGGAACAAGGAGCUGUACGUAGUAGAGAAGAUGCUUGACGCAGACGCGCGAAACUUUCAUGCAUGGAACUACCGGCGUUACGUUCUGGCGAACAUGCCUAUGAAGCGUCCGGCUCAGGCUGAGUUGGUCUACACCACGCGGAAGAUUGAGGCCAACUUCUCGAACUUCAGCGCGUGGCACCAACGUUCCAAAGUCCUAACGUCUCUUUGGGAAGGUGGCCAACUGGACCCGCAUAAAUCGAAGGAGGAAGAAUUCGACCUCGUGAAGAAUGCAAUGUAUACUGACCCUGGCGACCAGAGCGUCUGGAUCUAUCAUCGGUGGCUGGUUGGAGCUGGCAACGCUUAUGACAUUCUGCAGAGGGAGAUUGCUUCUAUCCAAGAGCUCCUGGAUGAACAGCCGGACAGCAAAUGGUGCAUGGAAUCGCUCGUGUUCUACAAGCGACUCCUGCUGCGGCACCACGCGCGACAACUCAGCGAGGCGGAUCGGCUAUCGUUGACUCAAGAAUGUCUACGAUUGCUGACUGGGUUACAAGAUAUCGAUCCGAACCGCCGGCAGAGAUACGAGGACCUGGCUGCAGACGUGAAGAAGAUCAACUGAUAGAUUCCCUGAUCGACCAGCAAUUCAUCGGUGUCCAAGCUGCGGUCUGUCUCUCGAGGCGUCACAGAUAUUGCAGGCGCACUCGCUCAGACUCGCUCACGGCGACUACUGCUUCCAAUGGUGAUACAACAAUUGCUUUUUCCCCCUU